UCGACGGAACAAAGAACGAGGCACGAAAGCUGCGGCGCGCGCAUCCGGUCGCCAGCUACGGGCGCCUUCGCCAACAUGGCGUCGUCGCUCCGUCGCUCGCCCCUCGACGAAUUCCUCUCUCUACCCGUAGGCUUGGCCAAGCCUCCUCAGUACGACCAACUAUUCGCUCGCUGCGCCACGCUUCGUAGUGCCAUGAUUCCUCUCACAAACUUAUUUAGUUGAGACUAGUGCUUGCCAGUGUAGUUUAAAAGUUUAAGUACCCUUAUAGUUGAGACGUGUCGCGUGUUCAUCGAGGUUCAUCAUGACGGACAACGAGUUCACCCUGGAGGAGGACGAACGGCUCAUCGAAGAAAUCGCCAGGCGUCCAGAAAUCUACGAUCCCAAUCACGCUGGCUACAAGCAACUGACGGUGAAGGAUCAGCGUUGGGCGGACAUUGCUAAGAAACUUGAUAAAGCUGUCGAUCACUGUAAAAGGAGAUGGAAAAAUCUCAGAGAUAAUUAUUUCAAGCAAUUAAAGUCGGGGCCAAACAAAAUCAGGAGGAGAAAAAAUACUCUCUUGCAAAAAUUGACGUUUUUGGAUAGCAUCGGACCGAGAAAGCUCGUAGUGGAAGCUCCGCCCCUAAAGCGUCCCCGCCUCCGAGCCCCGACUGACGAGGGUCUCUCCGUCGACUCCUCAAACCAACAGGAAACCCUCAUGGACACGGAGGAGGUUUUCCAACCGGUGAUCCAUCAAGUGCAAGACUUCCAACAGACCGAGCACCAACCCAUGAGCGAAACUGCCACGACUGAGAACGAUCCUCUCAAAGACGUGGACAUCGUCGAGUUGCUCUCCGGGGUCCUAAAAAGGAGAGACCAAGAAAACGCCAAUUUGAUCAAUCACAUUCUGAGCCUCCAAAACCAACGCAAGAGCGAGGACGAGCUUGAACUUUUCUUCAAGUGCAUCCUAUUGACCAUGAGGAAGUUACCGCCGGCUGUUGUUUCUGAGCUGAAGGGUAAAAUAUUCGCCUUGGUUUCCGAGCAAGAAAUCAAAAUGCUGCAACCCACGCCGAGGCCUGAUUCCAGCAUGUCGGUUAAUUCUGACAUCCAACAUUAGAAUCCCUGCAUGUUUUUUCUUGACGCACUGUUAAAAACUGGGAAGCGAAAUUCGGUGCCGGAGUCUAUGUAGCGUCCAAAAACUCUGAUUGAUAAGAUUGAUAUCCUUAGUGCACUGGAAAAAAAACACAUUGGAUCUGGAGAUCAGACUCUUGAAAACAUUGACAAGAUAAAGGAC